AUGGAAUGUGAACCGCGACUAUUUAAACCACUUGUCCCAGCUCCGGCAGGCUGCGAAUGCAGCAAUUCUGUUUGUAAAGUAAGGACGGCUUCUGCUUGGCGCAGGAAUCCAGCGGGUGGGUGGUUGUGCAAUGCGUGUGGUAUCUUCUUUAAGACAAGAGGUUUCCAUCGACCUCUUAGCGUGAUAGAGAUGAAUAGAACCGCCAAGCGUAGAGACACUGAACUUGCAAAAGCAAGCCAAACUCCAAGAGUUAGAAGGAAGAUACGCCGAAAGAAGAGAAUCAAAGAAAGCACUAAUGUUAAAAUGCCGGAAUCAUCUCAAUUGGAAUUAGAAGAAGUCCAAGCAUAUAACGAUGAGCCAUUGCCCUGGGAACAAAAAGAUUAUUUGAAAUGUGGAUUAUACUCUAUUGAUCUUAAACUAAACGAUCGCGAAAAAAGUUUGAAGGGUAAAGAUAAGGUGACAACCUCGGAAUUAUUUCCACUCCCUACACAAUAUGGCCAAUUUCUUAUAACGGAUCAGCGAAAUUUCUGCCUACCAUGGGAUAUAAUGACUGCUCAUAAGCAAGGGUUACUACAAAGAGGAUUUAAAAAUAUUAAAACUAAUAUAUUUGUUGAUCGUAAGCGCAAACAAGAUGAUGAGCCAAUCGUUUGCAAUUGCAAGCCAUGCGGUGAGGGUGAAAUUGGUUGCGCCGAAGAAUGCGUUAACAGGAUAAUGUUUUACGAAUGCUCUCCAAAAUAUUGUCCUUGUGGAGAACAAUGUUCUAAUCAAAGAUUCCAGAGGAAAGAAUCAGUUAAAAAAGUAAAGACUAAAAACAGAGGAUUUGGACUUCGCACACUCGAUAUAAUUAAAAAAGGUCAAUUGAUUUUAGAAUAUCGAGGCGAGAUUAUUUCUAAAUGUACGGCCAGAAAGAGAAUGGAGGCCAAGUAUUUACAUAGGAAGAGUGUAUACUUCCUUGAAUAUGGCAAAGGUGAAGUUGUCGAUGGUGCCGUGUGUGGAACGUUAGCUAGAUUUAUUAAUCAUAGCUGUGCACCGAAUUGUCACAUUGAAAAGUGGAGAGCACCAAACAGUGAACAUUUCAUUGGCGUAUUUGCUUCGAAUGACAUAAAACCGGGAACUGAAUUGACUUAUGAUUAUAACUUCUCCACAUUCGGCGGCGCUCAAGAACAAGAAUGUUUUUGUGGGGCACAUAACUGUCGUGGUUGGAUAGGUGGAAAGCAUCGAUCAACAAAUAUAAUUGUGCGCGAAUAG